GAAGUACCACUCUUCUCUUCUUGGUUCUAUCACUACACAUGGGUGGCGGUGAUGCCUUCUGGGACGUUGGCACCAGCACACCAUACCCUUUACGUCUUGACAAUUUGGGGCGCACCAGUUUCUUCCGAUGGCAGAAAGCAGAGUCAACCUAUAUGGCUUUCUCGAAACCAGUUUUGGAUUGGAAUGAAGAAUAUAAUAGAUUCAGGCUGAGGGUCGUAGCUGGGAUUUCUAUUGACAUGACCCCACUCUCAACUGCUGCAAUUCUGAACAAUCGAAUAUUGCUGACGUCUGCCAACUUCCUGAUGCCGCACAUGCACAGGCAGACUGACCUUCGUAUCUGGGCUUUGGGAAAAUCGGGGCUGUACAACACGCCCUAUCGGUACCGAGUCUGGCGGAUCUGGCGAUUGUUCAGCACAAGUCUGAACCCCGAACACCAGCAUGGGCCGAAGGGGGAACAUACCCCGCGACACGAUGUGGCGAUAAUCUUCACCCGGGAUCAGAUGUUCGUGUUCUGGAAGCCGUCCAACGCUGAGCAGUACCCGUACCAGACCUGGCUGAUCUAUCCUCACUGGACGAUAGUUAACACAAAAACUGAUGAUGAAGACAAGCUUCUAUUCGCCGGGUCAGGCUACGAGUAUAUGGAACACGUGCGGGAGAACUACAAAAUCUACUUUGCGCUCCCCAAAGAAGAAGAUAUCGUUGACUGUUCCAAAUACAUACCAAAGUUUUGGGGGAAGUUUAUAUGUUUUAGGAAUGUUAUGAGGUUUUCUGGGGUUCAGAACGGUGGUCCACUGUUACUAGGGUCACAUAUUCUUGGGGUUGGUUGCUUCGAGAUUCGAGUAAAUGAGGAUAGGAUUUUGGUGUUCACUGAUUUGAGGUACUACGUCCAUAUAAUUAAACAAGUGGCGGAACUGAAGGCCCAUCAGUAUUAUGAAUACGCGUAUCCCCAGUGGGGCAUAUACUAUGGAUACUUUGGUUCCAUAUCCGGGAACUACCCGAGAAUUCCCGAACUCUACACUCCGUGGUGGGUGAGGAUUGAUCACCUUGGCUAACCCGUAGUGUAUACGAGAGC